GUAUUAAGUGUUAGUCAAUGUGUGCGCAAAAUAUAAUAUAUAUUUGACUAUUAAUUGAUUUGAUAUUAAAUUGUAAACCAUUGUCUCAUAACAUAAAUGAAUAUGAUAUCAUAGAAAAUGAGGGAUUAUUUACCAGUGCUGACAAUGAAGAGCCGAUUGCGAAGAACAAUAAAAUACUUAAAACGACAAUCGUUUGAUCGUUUUGGCGAUUAUUUAUGUCAAUUGAUAUUAUCUUAUCUGACAUUUGAUGAUAAGAUAAGACUUGAAUUUGUAUCCAAACAAUGGCAACGAUUGAUAUUACAUACUGUGACAGACGCUAUAUUUGACGAUAUGUUUGAUCCAAAAAAGUACAGACCGACUGACUUGUGUCCGACUGACCGAAUGAACGCAUUGAUUACCACAGUAUCCAAGUGUCCAAACAUUACACGGAUUGAAAUUAGGGACUGUUAUUGGCUUAAAACACAACUAUUGCCAACCAUUUGCCAAUAUUGUCCUCACGUCCGACACAUCUAUAUCUGCCACGACUUCGAUGACGACGCCUUAUCUCCUUAUUUCAACACAUUUAAUAGCCAUAACAUUUCUGUGCCAAUCGUUGAUGAUUUUUUCGACGUAUUUGGCAAACAAUUGCAGACAAUUUACAUAAGACUCGAUUGGUGUCAAAAAAUUGAUACAAUUUUGCGUCGAAAUCUCCGAAAAUGUAUAAACUUGUCGUCAUUUGAUUACAAUCCAAACUCGUACAGUGAUUGCUAUGAAGUGUAUCAAAACUUGGCUGUAAUUGAAAUAUUUCAAUUGUUGACUUUGGAGCCGCUAUUCAAUAGAUUAAGCAAACUUUGUAUCURUUUUACAUACAGUCAAAUGGUUAACAUAUUUGAAGAUAUUGUCCGAUUAUAUGGCAAUCAAUUGAUAUCAAUUAGUGUAUAUCUCUAUGAACUGGAUAUUUUUGAAGAUACCUAUAACAAUAUGAGUUAUAACGAUAUAAAGACAAUUAUGUCKWGUUUGUCUCAAUUGACACAAUUGUUGGACCUAACCAUUAAUGUGAAUGAUAUCUUCGAAACCUAUUGGAAACAAUUKCCGCAACUGUUGCCACCAAUUGGUCGCAACUGUCGCCGAUUGAAAAGAUUGACAAUUGAUUUUCGUAUUCAAAGGGAUGAAAAUUGUAGCGAUUUAUUGAAAAGUAUUUGCGAUAAUUUUAAACAAUUAAAGCGAUUGCAUAUCAUAGAUAGUUAUGAUAAUUAUUAUGAUGGCAUUGAUUUGAUUGGAUUUAAUAAUACAAUGAAUUGUUUCAAACARUUAACACAUUUGUCAAUUAAAUCAAACCGGUUGUYGACAACCGAUCAGUUUAUCGAUGAUAUURUCGCUAACUGUCCAUUAAAAUUUUAA